AGUGUUGUGCCAGACAGUGACGGGGGAGGACGUUCUCUCUCUCUCUCCUCAUAUUACCCCCGAGUCCCCCAUUACUCUCUUUUUUGAGAAUAUUUUUGGGUGGCUCCUGUUCCAAGGAUUUGGAGCUGUUUAAAUGGCAGAUUGAACAAGAUUUUUUUGGGUGGUUAUGUUAGGCUGAGAGCUGUUGUCCAACCCUAUAUACGGUAUACUACCCUCCGUAGGAUGUGACCCACAACAAUCUACUAACACCUAGGUACCUACUUACUGCAAAGGGCAGCCAGGGACAGCUGGUCUAAUGAAACACAUCCAGUGUUUCCACUCGUUCCGGGGAUCAAACCGUGGACACUCAACAUGCGAAUCAAUUAUAAUCCCUCUUCCCUACCUGGUGGAGAGGUUAUAAUCAGCACUCUGGCAAGAUGUGUCCUUCAGGAUCCACCUUCUGAGAAAGGCAUAUAUUCAUGUUCAACAGACCUGGUCAGAUUGUGAUGUUUACUGAAGACCAGCGACUGUAUACAAGGCUAACUGCUGGAAGUCUGAGAGCAAGACAGUGAUGUGCUAAUCAGGGAGAUGAAAGCACAGCUGUCUCAUUGGCUCUCGCAGGGGAACCUGAUAUCAGACGAUACAUUACUUUGACAGAUUGGUGUCAAUGAUGGGCGAAGAAAAGCUGAAAGAAUGCGAGCAGGUGACUGUAGUGGUGUUGGGAGAUCUCGGUCACUCGCCACGCAUGAACUACCAUGCUCUGUCACUCUCGCAAGAAGGUUUUGAGGUGAAUCUGGUGGGAUUUGCUGGCUCCAAACCACAAGUGGAAGUCUUGAAAGAUGAACAUAUCACUCUUACCUACAUGAGACCUUCUCCAGAUGCCUUCAACAAGUUACCUAAACUAUUAGCCUUUGUUGCCAAGGUUUUAUGGCAAGCAUUUAUUCUUUUUUUUACCUUGCUUACGGGGCCAAGAAGCAAGAAUCUCCUGUUACAGAAUCCCCCUGGAGUUCCUGCCAUGCCUGUGUGUUGGCUCUAUUGCUUCCUUACCAGGACAAAGUUUUAUAUUGACUGGCAUAACUAUGGCUACACUAUUCUUGCUCUGUCACUUAGGAAAAGCCAUCCUCUAGUAUACAUUUAUAGAAUCGUAGAAAAAGUAUUUGGCAAGUUGUCGCAUGGGGGACUGUGCGUUACUAAAGCUAUGAAAGUUGAUCUGGAGCAGAAUUGGGGCAUUAGGAAAGUUACAGUGCUGUACGACCGUCCGGCCUCACGAUUCCAUCCAAUAUCAAUGGAAGAAAAACACAACUUUCUUAUGAAACUCUCCUCUACGUAUUCAUGUUUCUCUGGUUCGUCGCCAGACAAGACUGUCUUUACAGAGAGGUAUGCUGACGGUAGAGUGGCCGAGUGUGAAGACCGUCCUGUGCUUAUCGUCUCUUCCACGAGCUGGACAGAAGAUGAGGACUUUUCCAUCCUCUUCUAUGCUCUUGAAGAUUAUGAGCGAGUGCGCCAGGAGUUCCCCGAUCACUACCCUCCACUUAUUGUUGCUGUGACAGGCAAGGGUCCCUUAAAAUCCUACUAUUCCACAAUGAUGUCUGAGCAACAGUGGAUGCAUGUUGUGGUCAUCACCCCAUGGAUGUCCGCUGAAGAUUACCCAACAUUGCUUGCUUCUGCAGAUUUUGGCGUGUGCCUCCACUACUCCUCAUCUGGAUUGGACUUGCCUAUGAAAGUGGUGGACAUGUUUGGUAGUGGCCUUCCAGUCGCAGCUAUAGACUACCCGGCUCUCCCCGAAUUGGUGCACCACAAUGAAAAUGGACUAGUUUUCAAGAACAAGGAAGAACUUGCCAACCUUCUACAGGACUGGUUUCGCGGAUUCCCCCGUGAAACGGCAAUCAAAGAAACCUAUUAUGACUUCUACAAGAACAUCGAUGAGUUUCGAAAGUUGAGCUGGCAUCCAUGUUGGGUGUGUAAUGCUCUCCCAUUGUUCAGGAAUAAAAAACAGAAGUGAAAAACUUACUUUUUAUAAGAAAAAUGGAGCUAUUGAAGAUAUUUUUCUGUACAUUUGUUUAUAUUACAGCCUCUUCACACUUAGCGGCAUACUUGUUUACUGAUGCCUCGGAAUUACGAUGGGUCUCUGACCAGUAUACGUACCUAAAUAAUGUAUAUUAGAGCUGAUUUCCUCUGUUCUGUUUAUUACAAUAUACAGUACACUACUGUAUAAACAUUUACAAAUAUACUAAAAGUGUUAUAAAUGGUGCAAAGGCAACAUUAAAACAAUAUCAAAGAUGGUUGACACAAACCCACUACCAUUAUAGUAUGUUCCUCACUUAGUGACGAAUUCAUUUACUGAUGUGGUCUUACAAAUGAAACUCCGUCGUUAAGUGAGGAGAGGCUGUAUUAAAUAACAAUUUAGGAAUGGAAAACAGGAGUGCUCUCACUUCAUACACAAUUUUUUUUGAUAACCUAAAUUUGGCAGAAAUUCACUCAUGUGUGAUAUGAAUUUAGUCAAUGUGGUCAGUGCAGUUCACAAAAUGAAGAUUACUGAUUUAAGUGGCAAUGAAGUGUUUGAACCUACAACAGUUGCCAUGCAAUUGGGCACUUUGAUGCAGUGUGUGCAGGUUCAAAUCCCGCUGCGGAGUGAGAGGGAUGAUGUUUGUAAACGGAACUAAGAUAAAUUUUGUGUAUAUAAAACAGUAAGUACUCUCCAGGGGUGUGCCAUGAUGAUGGUAAAGGUUUGUUAAACUGAGGAAGUGAUGUUAACUGCCCUCACAAUAACAUAAGCAAGGAGGAACACUACAGCAGGCCUACUGGCCCACACUUGGCAGGUACUUGUCAAAUCCAAACUCACUAAUAAAAAUCUGCAUCCAACCUAUUAGUGUUACCCAAGGAAUGAGCUUUGAUAAACCUGUUAGCUCGAGUGCAAGUUCCACUUAAACCCAGCCCCUCCUACUCAUGUAUUUAUAAGAAACUAGAUCAUCUCCCAUGGAUCAGAGAGCUCUAUCUUAAACCAGAAUCAUGACAUUUUAAAACAAUGGCCGAUUUAUGUACCAUAUUUUGCGGCUUAUAAGACUUGUUUUAGUUUCAAUAGCUCGGCAUCGGACGUAACUGGGAAAGCUACAGUCCACCCCAAACUUACGGCUCCUGUCACUAACCUUCAGUCUAUAGGCUGAUUUUUGGAGACAUUUUAUGGUAAAAAAAAUGUGUCUAAUAGGCCGCAAAAUAAAGUAAAUAGGGCAAUACUGAUAAUGAUAUUUUAAAGAGAUUUCUUAUUGAGUGCCUCUUUCAAGAAUAUUCACAAGUGCUCACUCGGCAUUGCCAGAUACACAGACGUAUUAUUUUUUGUACGCAGUAUUCAGAUUAAAUAUAUUUAAUAUUACAAAUGUUUUAUCAGUUGAGAAA